AUGGGUUUAUCCAAGUCAAAAACAAUAAAUAUCAACAAUUAUUUGAAUACAACAGAAAUAAAAAACUAUAAGCGUUCUCUAUCAGUGCCUCGUGCUCAGGUGUUAUUACCAUCGUUCAGAUAUGACAACAAUAACAAUGAUUGUAAUGAUUUGGAUAGGAAACAACGCUCAUGUUUGAAGAAAAAAGUUCUAAUAUUAGGCUUGGAUGGUGUUGGCAAAACAGAACUAUUCACACAAUUACUAUGUUGGGAUAGAAAAAAGUUAAAAAUUGAUUCUCUUCCACGACCAACACUUGGCUAUAAUGUUGAAACCAUAAGAUUACACUGUCACCAUUUAUGUCAUCGUCAAUAUCAUGAAAUUACACUAUGGGAUUGUGGUGGUCAGUCAUCUGUUCGAUCAUUGUGGUCAUAUCAUUAUUCUAAUACGUCUCUUCUUGUAUGGUUAAUUAAUAUACAUGAUCGAUCACGAUUGGAUACAAAUAUUUUUUUACUUUCACAAAUACUUACAAAUCCAACGUUAAAUCGAGUGCCUGUUGCUAUUAUUUUAUAUAAUUCUUCGUUUCAUUCUUAUUAUGACAAAAACUCGAAUACAAAUACAAAUGAAAAUUUAUUGACUAAUCUUGAAGUAUCGUUUCGUUUUUUAGCGACUCUUUCAACAUCACAGGCCAGUACAUUUAAAUGGCAAGUGAUUAAUGUCACACUAGACGAAAAGAAUUCUGAAGCAGAUCUUAAAAAACUUCGACAAUGUUUUAUGGAACUUAUGGAAUUGUAA